CGUUUCAAAUUUAUGCAAAACAAAUCAAACUUUGAUUUUUUUAUAAUAUUAAAAUAACUUCUUCUUUUUGACAAUUAAUAUAAUAUUUACUAAUUAUUUAUUUAUUUUAUUUAAGACAGCUUCCUCGAUUCUCUGUAAUAUUUGUGGGGCUCCUUAGCGCUGAAGGAAAGAGGAGACACGACACCGAAGCACAGAACGAGACCGACUUUUCAGGCUAGGUGUCUCCUCUGAUUGAACAAGGAGAGUUUCGUAUAAAUCCAGGAUUAGGGAGGGAGAAAUUGAAGUGGGAACAUUGGCAAUGGAGUAUGAAAGUAACAGUUGGAUUUGGGAUGGGGUGUAUUACUACCCACAUUUCUUUGGGGGUCUAAUGCUCACGGCGGCGUUGUUAGGUGUGUCCACCAGCUAUUUUGGAGGAAUUGGAGUGUUUUCUUUGCCUCAAUUGUGGUCUGAUUCCGGGAUUUUUUACAAAAAGAAACGUGAGAAGAAGAAACGUGUGCGAGUUUACAUGGAUGGUUGCUUUGAUCUCAUGCAUUUUGGCCAUGCCAACGCAUUGAGGCAAGCGAAGGCUUUGGGAGAUGAAUUGGUUGUGGGUGUUGUCAGUGAUGAGGAGAUUAUUGCAAAUAAGGGACCCCCUGUCUUGUCCAUGGAGGAGAGGUUGGCCCUUGUUAGUGGAUUAAAGUGGGUUGAUGAAGUUAUAGCCAAUGCUCCUUAUGCCAUUACUGAGCAGUUCAUGAACCGUCUCUUUACUGAGCACAAGAUUGAUUAUAUCAUACAUGGUGAUGAUCCUUGCCUGCUUCCAGAUGGAACUGAUGCUUAUGCUUUGGCAAAGAAAGUUGGCCGUUACAAGCAGAUUAAGCGCACAGAAGGCGUCUCCAGCACAGAUAUUGUAGGGAGGAUACUUUCUUCUAUGGACGAUACAAAAACUUGUGAAGAUUGUAAGGACACAUCCUUGCCUGUAGAUUCCCAGAAAGCUAUUCAGUCCAAGCGUACCAACAUAUCUCAAUUUCUGCCAACAUCCCGUAGGAUUGUGCAAUUUUCUAAUUGCAAGGGACCUGGACCAAAUGCACGUGUGGUGUACAUUGAUGGGGCAUUUGAUCUCUUUCAUGCAGGACAUGUGGAGAUUCUUAAGAAGGCUAGGCAGCUUGGAGAUUUUCUUCUAGUUGGAGUCCACACUGACCUGGUUGUGAGUGAACACAGAGGUAAUCACCACCCGAUCAUGCAGCUGCAUGAGCGUAGCCUCAGUGUGCUGGCGUGUCGGUAUGUUGAUGAAGUCAUCAUUGGCGCACCUUGGGAAGUUACUAAGGACAUGAUAACCACUUUCAACAUCAGUUUGGUUGUGCAUGGGACAAUUGCUGAGACCAACUCUUCAUUGCCUGAUGAAACUGAUCCAUAUAUGGUUCCCAAGAGCAUGGGAAUUUUCCAGUUACUUGAGAGUCCUAAAAGUAUAACUACAACUUCAGUGGCUCAACGGAUAGUCGCCAAUCAUGAUACCUAUGUGAAACGCAAUGCCAAGAAAGCAGCAAGUGAGCAGAAGUACUAUGAAGAGAAGAAAUUUAUUUCUGGAGAUUAGCUGGAAUAAAUAUUGUUAUGGUGCCAGCAAGUUUUGAGUGCAGUUGUCAAUGCAGCCUUAACCUAUCGUAGUGUUGCCUGUUGUUUCUUGCUGGAAAUAUAGAAAGUCUUAUACACUCUCUCCCGAAGGUUAAAAGAUGAAAAGAAAUGAAGCCGAUAGUGGGAUGCCCUCAUCAGAGACUUGGAUGAACUGGUAUUUUUUUAUUUCUUUUUUUCUGAUGUAACUUUAAUCUCAUAGUAGAUACAAGCCCUUAUAAUAAUAUGGAAGAUUUGCACUAAGCUCCCAUUGUUGUAGGCACUGAAAUCACCUUUAUAGGAAUUCCCCUUUUUAUUUCUCUUUUGCAGAGACCUUAAACGUGAGAUUGUAUCAUGGUAGAUUUAUUUAUUUAUUAAUUUUUGGAGUGUUUAGUGUAUAA